AUGUUCAAAUUCUACCCAUCCGAUUUCUUCCACUUCGAGUUCCUCCGAGUGCUGGCCAGCGCGCCCGCCGGCGGGGCCGAGACAGGCGAGUGCCUGGCAGUGCUACCGCAAGUGCCCGACGGGGACGCCGAGGCAUGGUACCGGGCGUGGACGGCGCAAGCGCAGCAGGCGCGGGGGCUGGGCGACGAGGCGCUCGUCUCCGGGGACACGGUCGCCGCUUCGGGGGCCUACCUGCGCGCCAGCAACUACUUCCGCGCCAGCGAGUUCUUCCUGCACACCCGCCCGGACGACCCGCGCUUGCUGGCAGCGAUGGAGAAUAGUGUCGCCGUGUUCGACAAGGGGGUGGAUCUGCUGGAUACGUGCACCGUGGUGCGGGUGGAAAUUCCUUACGAGGAGGAGAAGGGGGCUGCACGGCUGCCAGGCAGAUUGUAUCUCCCCCGGUCAGGUGCCGCGCAAACAGGCCAAGGCCAGAGCGAAGACAAGCUCCCGCUCCUCAUCAUGACGGGCGGGUUCGACUCGACGCAGGAGGAACUGUACUUCUUCGGGCCUGCGGCUGCACUUCCGCGCGGGUACGCAGUGCUCACGUUCGAGGGACCGGGCCAGGGGAUCUGCCUCCGCCGGGACGGGCUGCGGCUGCGCCCGGACUGGGAGCAUGUGACGACCAAAGUGCUGGAUGUGGUGGAGAGCCAGCUUGCCAAGGACUAUCCGAUUGACCUGGAGAGGGUGGCAGUGGUCGGCGCCUCGCUGGGCGGGUACUUCGCUCUGCGGGCGGCGGCGGACCCGCGCGUGCGGGCGUGUGUCUCGUGCGAUGCGUGCUACGAUCUCUUCGAUGUGACGCGCAGUCGCAUGCCCGGCUGGUUCAUUAACGGGUGGCUGAGCAGACGGCUCAGCGACGGGUUCUUCAACUGGGUCGUCAAUAAACUGGCGGGGUGGAGUUUCCAGCUGCGCUGGGAGUUCGGCCACAGCAUGUGGGUGUAUGGGGUGGAGUCGCCGGCGGAGGUGAUGCGCUGCAUGCAGCAGUACCACGCCCGGGGGUAUUUGCAGAAGGUCAAGUGCAGUACGUUUGUGACAGGGGCGGCGGAUACAUUCUACUUUACGCCAAAGCAGAAUACGGAGCCGAUCUUUGAGGCGCUGGGGCAUGUCCCACUACAGAAGAAGCGGUUGUGGAUCGGGAAGGGGGUCGAGGGGGGUGGGCUGCAGGCCAAGAUUGGGGCCUGGGCGGUGUUCCACCAGAAGAUGUUUGUGUGGUUGGAUGAGCAGUUCGAGAUCAAGCGGGGGACUAUUCUAUACAACACAACAAUGGCACCCAUCGGCCGUCUUUACACAUACAUGCCCAACGCGCGGAUCUUGAAGAUCCAAGCCGCGGCCGCACUAAACAACCUCACCCUCGACAUCCCCCAACCCUUCGCCUUCGGCACCGCCAACAAAUCCCCCGAGUUUCUCCAAAAAUUCCCAACUGGCAAGGUCCCUGCCUUUGAAUCUUCCGACGGCGAGGUGACGCUGGUCGAAUCCGACGCGAUCGCGCAGUACGUGGCGGCCUCCGGGCCCGCGGCGCCGGCGCUGCUGGGCCGCAAUGUCGCCGAGCAGGCGGCCGUGCGCCAGUGGAUCUGUUUCGCGGAGAACGAGGUGUUUCGGAACAUGAUGGCGGUGGUGCUGUGGCGCGUGGGGAUGCGGGAGUACGAUGCGGGGGUCGAUGGCGAGGGGGCGAAAGGGUUGGAGGAGGCGUUGGCGGUGGUGGAGCGGCAUCUUGCGGUGGGUGAGAAGGAGUUUCUUGCGACGGAGGGGGAGUUGUCCUUGGUGGAUUUGACGCUCGCGUCGGCGCUGUUUUGGGCGUUUAUGCAUUAUAUCGAUGAGGAGAUGAGAGGGCGCUUUCCCCGGGUGGUGCGGUGGUAUCUUCGGGUGGUUGGGGCGGAGAGGGUGAGGGAGGUGUUUGGGGAGCCUAGUUUGGUUGCGGUGAGGAAGGAGGCUUCUGUUUAG